AUGCAGCAUCUUUACAGCUGGGUGCUCCUGCCUGAUGUAGUUAAAGAGCAGAGUGGAGCAGAGGAGAGAGACAGAAUCGCCAUCCUGUCUAUCUCGGGGAAUGCAGCAGUCCUGGUCAACGCAGCCCGUCGUCUCACCCUGCUCAAAGCUCCAGAGCUGCUGACAGUGAACCUGGCCGUAACGGACAUUGGCAUGGCCCUCAGCAUGUAUCCUCUGUCCAUUUCCUCUGCUUUUAACCAUGCCUGGAUUGGAGGCGACACCUCAUGCCUCUACUACGGCCUAAUGGGCAUGAUCUUCAGCAUAACCAGCAUCAUGACUCUGGCUGUGAUGGGGAUGGUCAGGUACCUGGUAACAGGAAGUCCACCCAAGACAGGUGUCAAGUUCCAGAGGCGAACCAUCAGUAUUGUGAUCAGUGGGAUCUGGCUGUAUGCCGGCCUGUGGGCAUUGUUUCCUUUGCUGGGAUGGGGCAGCUACGGGCCGGAGCCUUUCGGACUUGCCUGCUCGAUAGACUGGACGGGCUAUGGGCAGUCCCUAAACCACUCCACCUUCAUCAUGUCCCUUUCUGUACUCUGCACAUUCCUCCCCUGUCUGACUAUUCUCUUCACCUAUUUUGGAAUUGCCUGGAAGCUGCACAGGGCUUACCAAUCCAUCCAGAGCAAUGAUUUUCAAUACGGCAACGUUGAGAAGAAAAUCACUCUUAUGGCUGUGAUGAUCAGUACAGGUUUCCUUAUUGCCUGGACCCCCUACGUGGCUGUCAGCUUCUGGAGCAUGUUUCACUCCCAGGAGCAGGGCCACAUGACUCCAUUUGUAACCCUUUUACCCUGCCUCUUCGCUAAGAGCUCCACCGUAUACAACCCUUUCAUAUAUUUCAUCUUCCAGCGUACCUCCCACCACAAGCUCCUCCACCUCCAGAGACUGAUGUUUUGUUGUUCUCAUCAAGAAAAUUCAUCUGCUGAUAGAGCAAAGCUGGAAGGCAAAAUGGUGAAAAGCUCUGACUGCAACAUUUUCGGAAACGGUUCAGACGAAACCCGUGUGGGUCUAAUGGGAGCUCCUGGGCAACAGUCCGGGAAUGAAUUGAUGACUUUGAGUUGAGACUGUAUGUGAUGACGUCUAUGUUCUUAUUUGACCCCUUCCUUUAAGUUGUCAUUAAAAGAAUAUAUCGACAUUUCAGGAAAUAUGCUUAUUUGCUUUCUUGCUGAGAGUUAAACGAGAAGAUUGAUACCACUAUCAUGAUGCAACCCAGUAUCACUGCAGUACAUGAAAUAGUCACAAAGUAUAAUCUAUAGAUUCAUGUACAUGGGCAUGAAUUUUCCAUUUUUUUUCAUGACACUCA